AUGGAAACGCAACAAGCAGUUUCAUAUGGUGCUAUUGCAUGCGCAGUACUUGCCAUUGUCACAUGGGUAUUCUGGCCGCGUCCAGCGUCCAAGAAAUCAUCUGAUUACGACCCCAAGACAGGACUCGGUCGCGGCGCGCCGGGAUUCCAAACCAAUGUAAAGCGCGUCGCUCUCCCUGCUGAGCUGGUCGCACGGAUUCGUGCGGGCGAACAAGUAUCUGCCGAAGAAAUCACGGCCGCCCAGAGCCAUGUCUCGAAAGGUUUGCCUAGCGCACCUGUGGAAAAUGACUGGUUAGGGCCCACCACCACGAGUCGCAGCAAAAAGACUACGAGAAGGAAAAACAAGAAGUAA